AUGGAGCCGCCCCCCACGCCCACCCCCGCUCCCCCUCGGGACGCGGCGCUGGCCGUGGCCGAGGUCGCGGUCCUGGCGCUGCUGCUGCUGCUGGCGCUGAGCAGCAACGCGCUGGUGCUGCUGGCGCUGCGGAGCCCCCCGCGAGCCCCCCGCGGGCCCGGGCAGCCCCUGACACCCCCAGACCCAAUUUCCCCCCAUUCCUCCUCACUCACCCCUCUUUUCCCCCCCCAGCCGCCCCCCACGCCCACCCCCGCUCCCCCUCGGGACGCGGCGCUGGCCGUGGCCGAGGUCGCGGUCCUGGCGCUGCUGCUGCUGCUGGCGCUGAGCAGCAACGCGCUGGUGCUGCUGGCGCUGCGGAGCCCCCCGCGAGCCCCCCGCGGGCCCGGGCAGCCCCCGGCCCGCCCGGCGCGGCCGCUCCGCCGCUACCUGCGGCACCUGAGCCUGGCGGACCUGGCGGCGGCGGCGGGGCUGGUGCUGCCGCAGCUGCUCUGGGACCUCACGGACCGGUUCCGGGGCCCCGACCCGCUCUGCCGCCUCACCAAGUACCUGCAGGGAGUGGCCAUGUUCGCCUCGGCCUACGUGGCCGUGGCCAUGGCUUGGGAUCGCCACCGGGCCAUCUGCCGCCCGCUGGGGACCGCCCCGGGGCGCGACCGCCGCCGGGCUGCCCGCGGGUCCCGGGGCACGGAGUGCUGCGGCUGGGCAAGGGGACACAGGGACACUGCUGGGGACACUGCUGGGGACACUGGGGGGACACCCACAAGGUCACAGGCCACCACGGGGGACUCUGGGGCCACCACGGGGGAUUCUGGGGCCACCAUGAGGGGGACCGGGGCCACCACGGGGGUGCCUCAGCCCCACCCAGCCGGCUCUGGGGCCACCACGGACGGGUCCUGGGCCACCACGGGGGACUCUAGGGCCACCACGGGGGACUCUGGGGCCACCACGGGGGUGCCUCAGCCCCACCCAGCCGGCUCUGGGGCCACCACGGGGGACUCUGGGGCCACCACGGGGGUGCCCCAACGCCCCCCGGCCGGCGGCUCCGAGGCCACCAUGGCACUGUGCAGGGCCAGCGGGAGCUGGUGCGGGGUGGCCGCGGGCCGGGCUCGCUCGGGACUGGCCCGGGCUCGCUCGGGACUGGCCUGGGCCCGCUCGGGACUGUCCCGGGCCUGCUCGGGACUGUCCCGGGCUCGCUCAGGACUGGCCCGGGCUCGGCGGCGCUGGGACGCGCUGGCCACGGCCUGGGCCCUGGCUCUGCUCUUCGGGCUGCCCCAGGUGGGCAUCUUCGGGCAGCGCGAGGUGGCCCCGGGCGAGAGCGACUGCUGGGCCACCUUCGCGCAGCCCUGGGGCGCCCGGGCCUAUGUCACCUGGGUGGCGCUGGCCGUGCUGGUGGCCCCGGCCGUGCUGCUGGGGGUGCUGCUGGCGGCCGUGGCCCGCGCGCUCCGGGGGCCACCGCGGCUCCCCGGUGGCCACGGGGGCCUGGGGAGGGCCAGGGCCAAGAGCCACCGCAUGGCCGUGGUGGUCCUGGGCGUGUUCGUGCUCUGCUGGACACCGUUCUUCUGCGCCCAGCUCUGGGCAGUGUGGGACCCCCGGGCACCGCGGGAAGGGCCAGCGUUCACCAUCCUGAUGCUCCUGGCCAGCCUGACCAGCUGCACCAACCCCUGGAUCUCGGCCGCCUUCAGCGCCAGCCUGGCCCGCGCCAUGGCCCGGCUCCUGUGUCCCUGCCGUCACCGAGGGGACACUGGGGACAGUCGGUGACACAGCGCCAUGGCCCGGCUCCUGUGUCCCUGCCGUCACUGAGGGGACACUGGGGACAGUCGGUGACACAGCGCCAUGGCCCG